CGUUGUGCAGCGCGCAGUCGGCCCAUGCUUUCGCCGCCGCGCGGAACGGCACGGCGGGCCGUUUCGGGCGCGCCGGCAAAGCAGCAGCUGGGGUCGAUCGUGCGGGAGAUGCAGCGCAUCGCAGACGACCUCGACAGCAGGUGAGCAGCAGCUGGGUCUGCAUGAACGGCGGAUGUGCUCAACACGCCACACCAGGGCUGCCGACACCAGCAAGCCAGUCCUCGACGACUUUGCGGCGCUCGAGCGCCUCUCCUCCAGCAUCCUGCGUGCGCUGAACCCCGCCCAGUAUCUGGUCACUCGCGCCGAGUCACACUGCCAGGCGCGCGCGCUGCACGCAGCCAACAGCUGGGGCCUGGCCGAUCUUGUCGGAGAGGAGACUGUUACAGCGCACGAGCUGGCAGAGCGUGCCAAAGUGCGGCCGGCCUACCUCAAGGUGGCACUUCGCGUUGUGCUGCAGCAGGGCAUCUUCGAGGAAGUCGGCGAGUUCGGGUCGCUCGAGGUGCGCAACAACGUGCUGUCCAACUUCCUGCGGUCAGACCGGCCCGGCAGCCUGCAGCAGGGCAUUGCGUUCAUCGGAGACGACGGCAUGCGUGCCGCGGAGAGCCUGCCGGCGGCUGCUGGCGCCGGCGAGAAGCGCACGGCCUACCAGGUUGCCUACGACACGGACCUCGACUACUUUGCGCAUGUGGCACUGCCCGAGAACCAGAUGCGCGAGAAGCGCAUGGGCCAGGCAAUGCGCGAGCUGCACAGCGCCUUUCCGGACUCGUUCGCCACGGAAUUCGACUGGGGUGCGCUCGGCCGCGGACCUCUAGUGGAUGUCGGCGGCGGCCAGGGUGCCACGCCCCGCCUGCUCGGCUCCCUCUAUCCAGACCUGCAGUUUGUCCUGUUCGACCGGCCUACGACCGUCGAGCAGUCAGCACAAGCACUCUUCGCAUCGCCGCUGAAGGGCCGGGUGUCGUUCGUGGGCGGCGACUUCUUCGCUCCCGGCUCGGUGCCGGCUGGGCAUCAGCACUACCUGCUGCGCAACGUGCUCCACGACUGGGACGACGACGAGGUCGUGGCGAUUCUGCGCAACGUUCGCGAGGCUAUGCUGGCGCCCGGCGGCGCCAGCUCGCCCACGCUCCUCAUCGGCGACCUCGUGGUGACGCCGCACAGCUCCGAGUUUCUGCAGUCGACGUCGAUACAGGUGCUCUCGCUGGGCGGAGGCAUGGAGCGCACCGUGAUGGAGUACCGCGCGCUGCUCGAGCGCGCAGGCUUCCGGCUGGAGCGUGUCGAGCACCUCGGCUCGCUCGAGACGGUGCUGGUGGCCCGGCCAGCCGAGUAAGGACUUGGUGCUUCAAGCGAUAGCAUACAGUGACAUUUGGCGUGACGUGACUGAGCGGCGGGCUACAGGUUCAGCGGCUCCGGCGAGUACUUCCAGUAGCCGGCGUGCCGAUAGGACAGCGCCGGGAUGAGCACGCGGUACAUCAGCCAGCCUGAGGAUGCCGUCAGCUGAGACCUCG